AGUUCUAUACAUCAGUAUAUAUUCGUCAUGCGAACGCUACACAUCUUGUUAAUAUUGGCUCUGCUGAUCUUGGGCAUUAGUGGUGCUCCUGCUCCCGCUCCCGAGAGAAAUCGACGUCAGAUUGAUCUGACACUAUCGGCGGAUCACAAUGACAAGGAUAAAGAGACGGAGCUGGCACUGGAGGCCAUUGCGGGCUUGUGGAGCAGCACCGAUAACAGAACCAAGAUUGAUGGCUCCGCGAGAGUUGUGCAUCGUGCAUCGAGUGGAAUGCAAACGGGUUCGGAACAGGAUUGGCGUCUGGGCGUGCGUAUCGUGUUCACCUAAAGGACUACAAUUUAAUUAAACUUAAUUCAAUAAUUGCGUGAUGUGCUGAUGUCAAGGAAUAUGUCAACAAAAACUCGUUAAUAAUUGUAAGCAUGCUAAAAUAAUAAAAGAUAGCGACAACUCGUGCUUCUGUCAUACUGUUAUACUUCUGCUGUUGUCGCUACCUCUUAUUAUUGUAUCAUGAUUGUGAUAGCAUUUUGACCUUUUUGUCGUCGUCUCUCUUUAUUUAACAGACUUUAUGCUUAAAUAAAUACAACAAAUUCACAA